AUGAGGAGUAAACUACAGGCAGUAGAAAUGAAAUUUUUUAGAGGAUUGAAGGGGGUUACAAGGAUGGACAGAAGGAGAAAUGAGGACAUAAGAGGUGAAUUAGGGAUAAAAUCAUUGGAAAGGUUUGUGGGUGAGAGGCAGUUGGGAUGGUGGGGACACUUACAUCGUAUGGAGGAGGAGAGACCAAUCAAACAAAUAUGGGAGGCAAAAGUCGAGAAAAAGGCAAAAAGGGGGAGACCGCAACAAACAUGGGAGGAUAUGGUAGAAGAGGAAAUAAGCAAGAGAGGGAAAAGCGUCAGGGAAGCUGAGAUGAUGACAUCAAAUAGGACAGAAUGGAAGAAAUUUAUUGAAUCAAAUUAG